UUGCACACUGGCAUGCAAAUAUUGGCCUACUGUCUCCAAGCUGGAGAAAACAUGCGACAUUCCGCCAGUCACCUCUGACCUGCAGCAGUCUGUCGAAGCAUUGAGAGAACGAGAGAGAACGAGAGAGAGAGAGAGAGAGAGACAGAGAGAGAGUGGUGUGUAGUGGACUGGGCUUCCCUCAGGUGUUUGGCUCCAGUCAUGUCCGGGAACUCAGAGAAAGUACCGAUCGCCUCGGCGGGACCAGAGGAUCUGCAUAACUACAUGCCCCCGACGUACUCUGCCAUGGCCGUGAAGCCCGCCGCCACCGGCCGCCUCCUGAAGGCCGGGGUCGCGGUGCUCAUCACCGGGGCCCUCCUCCUGCUACUGGGGGCAGUCGGAGCUUUCCUCUUCUGGAACAACAAUGAAAAACACGUCUACAAUGUCCAUUACAGCAUGAGCAUCAAUGGCAAAGUGGAGGAGGGUACAAUGGAGAUUGAUACAGCGAAUAACAUGGAGAGAUUCAGCACCGGCAGCGGGGCGGAUGAGGCCGUGGAGGUCGAUGACUAUGAUAUCGGGAUUACAGGGAUCCGGUUUUCAGGAGGACAGAAGUGCUACAUCAAGACCCAAGUGAAGGCUCGUCUGCCUGACGUGGAGGCUCUCAACAAGGACUCCCUGACAUUCGACCUGGAGGAUGAGGUGAUGCCGGCCAAAUAUGAGGAUGAUCUAAUCUGGGUGGCGGCUAAAGCUCCCCUCUCGGACUCUGCCUUCCUCAGCAACAAGAUAAAGGACUUGUGUGGAGACCUGCCAAUCUUCUGGCUCCGUCCCACCUACUCAACCAGCGGACAGAGGAAGAGGAGGGCUGCCCCCCGCCAGCGCCCCCAGGCAGCCGGGGAGGAGAAAGAGGACGUGAAGGCAGAGUUCAACCCGGAGAACCCCUAUCAGAGAGGCCUCGAGGGCGAGCAGGGCUCCAUGAACAUCGACCCCAUGCUGGACCACCAGGGCUUGUGCUGCAACGAGUGCCGUCGCAGCUACACCCACUGCCAGAGGAUCUGUGAGCCACUGGGAGGGUACCACCCGUGGCCCUACCACUACAGGGGCUGCAGGGUGGUCUGUAGAGUUAUCAUGCCCUGCAACUGGUGGGUGGCACGCAUCAUGGGUCUGGUGUAAACACCCUCAUCCUCUCAGGAGAUGGUAGAGUCAAGGAGGAAAGAAACUAGGGAGGGAUGGGGUUCCAGGGGAAGGGAGAUGAAGGGAAAAUGUUAGUAAAGGAAGAUGGUGGCUUGUUAUUGUAAUCUAUUACCUGUCGGUCUGAGCAGAUUUGUACGAAAUGAAAAGCUUCAGUAUCUGUUCCCAUACAUUACAAAUGCAUGGUGCAGAAUCUCGGGCAGCCAUGUUCUCACAUGUAAAGGUAUGGAGUGGCUGCACACUGCAAAGCUUGUCUUAUUAAAAAACAUUUAAAUUGAGAUCUUUCUAAACUACAGCACAACAUGCUGUCAAGAGAACAGCAGUAAUGCUAUAAAACAUGCCA